AUGCUUUCCCCGCAGAACACGGGACCGGGCAGGCCACCCAGUGCCGGACAUGCUUAUCCCAAGUCGGCCCCAAUCGCCGGGAGUCAAAAUGUUGGACCAGCCGUUCACAUCCCGCCCGAAAUCGCCGAGGCUGCUGCGCGUGAAGUCAGGGAGAUGGUCGAGAAGCGAGGGUUGAACCCGGCCGUGUUCGAUUGUGAGGUCGCCGAGGCCCGCUACUUUGUGAUCAAAUCGUUCACUGAGGACGACGUUCAAAAGUCGCUCAAGCACGAGAUCUGGAGCAGUACCAAUUUUGGCAACCAGAGGUUGGACAAGGCGUUCAGCGAGGCCAAGGGUCCUGUGUACCUGUUCUUUUCCGUCAACGGAUCAGGUCACUUUUGCGGAAUGGCGCAAUUACUCAGUGGUGUGAACUACAACGAGUCCUCGACGGUUUGGGCGCAGAAUAAAUGGAAGGGAAUCAUGAAAUUGAAAUGGAUCUUUGUCAAGGACAUUCCUAAUGCCGUCCUGCGACAUAUUCGAUUGCUCAACAUGCCCGAGCAGAAGCCGAUCACCAACUCGCGUGACACGCAAGAACUCUUGAGAGAUGCCGGAGUCGAGGUGAUGAGGAUCAUGUCGACCUAUCGGGAAAAGACGAGCUUGCUGCACGAUUACGGAUAUUACGAGGUCAGUCCAAACAAGCAAGAUGUACAAGAUGCCUUAUUGAUCUGUGUCGCGUGGGUCUUUGGUUGCUCUCAGAUGCAAGCUGCCGAACGAGCUAAACAAAUGACAAACUCACCGGAUCCGCAAGGCAACCCUCGAGAACCCGCACACCACCACCAUCAAUUAUCCAACCCGGGUCCACCUCCAAUCAUCGUCCCGACCAUCCAGCGUAGUCCGCCGACCGCCGGGUUCGUCAAGACCUUCAAUCCUACCGGACCUCCUUCGAUUACGAAUACACGACGAUUCGCCGUGACGAGCCGGGGCGCGCCACAGGCUCAACCUCAGGCUCAGACUUAUGGCAUGAACAACAAUGGCAAUAACGGCAAUAACGGUGGUUAUCAUCAACAUAAUGCUUCAGGAUCUUUCUCGAUUAUCGGAGCGAGGUCAUGA